AUUGAAGUCAACAUGAAAUUGAAGAAAACAGAAGUUUAAUUAGGGUGAAAUGGAUUGUUUGACAGUUUUGCAUUUUUAAAUUAAAUUUUCUGAUGCUCUAAAUUAAUUGCAUAUUUUCACAUGCCUUGGCAAGUUUUAUCCUUUUAUCUGGACCUACAUAAAAAAGGUUCAAAAUUCUUUUUUAUUUAUUUUUUAAUCUAAUCUCUUUUAGAAAUCAGUAAAACAUAUCCAAUCUUUCUAUAUAUUGUUUUUUUAAGAUAGUAAUGCACAACCCUCAUCAUUCUCAUCAGCAACAAGCUAUAAGUGUGAUACUAUGGAUGAUUUAGCUACGUCAAGUCUACGCAAAAGAAUUCAGAAUCGUUUAAAUUCUGUUAAAGAUGUUGUGCCUUCCUUGAAAUCUAUUCCAUUUGAUAAAGAGGAAAGUUCAAGCGACGAAAGUGAUAUUGACGAUAAUAUCACAUUGGAAGAGUGUGCAAAAUUUAUAAACGGGCGGAAAAACCAUAAAGAAAAUUCUUUUACAAAUUUGACGGAACAGAAGACUCUAAAACAAAAGAACAUUAACUUAAAGGAUGUUAUAUCGCAGAAGUUAGAAGACAAGAAGGGGAAGGCUAACUUAGACCAAAAUAAUUCCACAUGUGACAGCUUGACUAAACUUCGAAACAACGACAAUGUUCAGCUUGUUCCAAUCUUGGUACCAAAUGUUGAAUCAAACCAUAGCGAACAGAAUAACAAUGAUAACCCAAUGCAAAAGAAGAAAAUGACAGACGAAGAAAAAAAGCUGGCAAAACAACAGAAAGAAAAAGAGAAAUUGGAGAAAAGAAAAGAGAGGGAAAGGUUACGUAUGGAAAAAGCCAUGGAGAAAGAAAUGCAAAAAGCAAUUAAAAAGGUUCAUACUUUAAACAAUCGAAAUGAAAGAAAAGAUGAAUGUAUGGAGAGAAUCUUAGCUGUCAUUGAUCCAUGUCUCAUUCAAGAGAAAGGUGGUGCUAAUAUUUUGAAAGCAUUACAAGACCUUAACGUGCGCUAUGAGAUGAAAGAGUUGCCUGUCACAUCUUGUAUUGGAUGGAUGAGAGAAAGUGUUGAUUACAGCUUGAAAGGUCAGUCAGAGAUUUCAAAAUCAUCUCGUUAUGUGGAAGAAGAACAUGUCAUCUACAAAAUGACUGCUGCUGAAGUCGCUGCAAGGAUUAAUGCUGAAUUGAAAGAACUAAAUGGCGAAGAAACUCUGAACGAUCUAUUGUUGACAUUGAAACGUGAAUACAAGAAGAAAAAAAUAACAUUAGUUGUGACAGGCAUGAACGCGUAUCACAGGUUUGUGAAAACGAAAGAAAAUCAGCGUUUUCGCGAUCAAGCGUUGGGAGUGGAACCAAAUGCGAAGAAGAGAAAGAAAACGAAUGACGUGCCAUUGUUAACAAAAGAAGAUGUUGAAGAUGCUUUUGUGGCUUUGCAAUGUACUCAGAGUGUUUUUGUACGGUUUAGCGAAGACAUGGAGCAGUUUAGUCUGUUCAUCGCUUCUUUUACAAAGUCCAUCGCUGAAGCUCCCUUUAAAAAAUCUGACGAAACAUCUCUCCGCUUUCAUUUUUCAACCGCAUCUGGCAAAUCUUCAGUUAAGAUCGCGAGCGAUGGUCAUGGUAUUCUAGAGGUUUGGAACCAACAAUUGCAACAAUUUUACGGUGUUCGACAUGAUACCUCAGUAGCGAUCACACAAGUGUACCCAACCCCUCUCUCUUUAAUGAAGGCGUACAAAAAUGCAUCAGAUAAUGAAGGUCCGAAACUGCUUCAAGACAUCGAGAUACGACGUGGGAUAGGUGUAUUGCAAACUCAGCGGAGGGUUGGGCCCGAAUUAUCAAAAAGAAUACAUAAAUUAUUCACAUCAAGAGAUGGAAAUGAAAUUUUAGCUCGAUGAUUGAAACUUUUGUAAAUACGUCCCUCUUGUAAAUAUAUUUAAAACUUGUUAUACUCUCCUCUUGAGUUUUCGCUUUAAGCUUAUUUUUUAAUAUUCGGCGAUAAACUCGUUACGCCAUCUUUAUGCUGCGUCGUUAAUGAUACAUUCGCAAAGUUUUAAGAUUCGUGGCUCUCAUACCACACGCACACGCAUUAGAAUUUUAUGCUACAAUUAAACUAUAAAAUGAAACACUGUUUACUUAAUUACGUUACAUGCCCAUGGUUUUAGUCUGUCUGCGUAACUUUAGACAUGUCAAAUAAGGGAGGUAUGCUCGCAUUUGGAAACAACAACCCGAAUAUCGAAGACAAAAAAACAUUUUCUGCUCUUUAGAUAUUCACAAUUCAAGAAAUUAUAUAUUCAUUAUAAAUACUACCACAUGCCAAUGACGACUUUGAUAUAACAAACAUUUCACACACA